GCCCCUGCACCGCGCAGGCCGCCGGAUAACGGCGCAACGGCACGGGGAGGGCUGAGGCGAGAACAGCACCGCCGUGAUCACCUCCAUAGCGCCCACCAUGGCAGCCGUCGGCAGGGCCGGGCCGGGAGGCGGGACGAGGUCCUGGCACGGCACCACCGUGAAACGGCCUCUGUUCCCUUCCGAAGAACUACAGCUCCCAGUGUUCCCUGCGCGGUUCCCAUGACGACGGAGAGCCAGGCCUGAGCCCCGUGGAGCGAUGCCCAAGGCCAGUGAUACUUUAUGGGAUCUUGCUAUAGCUGAAGUGGAAAAGAGAGAAAACGAUGAUGACGAUGGCAAGCGUCUGGAAGUUUGGGAAAAAUCAAUAUUAUUUAUGGGAAACAAAAACGGGGGAAAGACCACUAUUAUACUGAGGUGUCUUGAGAGGGAAGAGAUUCCAAAGCCAACAUUAGCCCUGGAAUAUACUUUUGGAAGAAGGGCAAGGAGACACAAUACACCUAAAGAUAUAGCUCAUUUUUGGGAACUAGGUGGUGGAACCUCAUUACUGGAACUGAUUCGAAUACCAAUCACUAGCAGCAACAUAAUGUCAUUUGCUGUAGUUCUUGUAUUGGAUUUGUCCAAACCUAAUGAACUCUGGACUACUAUGGAAAAACUUCUGCAGGUCACCAGGAGUCAUGUGAACAAAAUUUUGACCAAACUAGAAAAAACAAAUCCUAAAGUAGCUACUGAAAUUAAACAGAGAAUGCGGAACAGUCUUCAGAGGGAUCACCCAGAUUAUGAGUUAGUUGACCCUUUUCCGAUACCCUUGGUGAUAAUAGGAAGCAAAUAUGAUGUUUUUCAUGAGUUUGACUCUGAAAUGAGGAAAAUAAUAAGCAAGACUCUUCGGUUUGUUUCCCAUUACUAUGGAGCAUCGUUAGUGUUUACCAGUAAAUCUGAGGCUCUCCUGCUGAAAGCUCGUGCUCUUAUAAACCACUUGGCCUUUGGCUAUGAUAAAAGCAAGUCUGUGUCAGUGGAUCACAGCAAACCUCUCUUUAUACCAGCAGGCCUGGAUUCACUGAGCCAAAUAGGACCACCACCUGCCUCUGACAGUGAUAUUGGAAAGAUGCGUGCAAACACUCCAAUGGAACUGUGGAAAAAAGUAUUUGAGAAAACAUUUCCUCCCAAGAGCUUGUGUGAUUUACAAGAUACCAAGGACCCUGCACAGGAUUUACAAUACACUGAGUAUGAAGUUGAUGUCAUGAGAGCCCAGAAAAACCAGGAGCUUGAACACUAUAAAAAAAAUGCCUCUAGAUCCUGGAAAGAAAUGGAUUUUGACCCUGACUGAACUGCUAUAGGUGUCUUCAGUUUAAUAUUUACAAAAUUAUUUAUUUGUUUUAUCAUUUUACUAGCAAUUUAAGCCAACACAGCUGACAAAAUACAAUAUCAAAAAUUAAUAUUUAUUAAGUAUUCCUGAUACUGUUUUUAAUAAAAACAGCAGUUUAUUCAUUCAGUUCAGAUUUUAAGUAUAUCUUGGUACUGACACAGUUUUAGAGAGUGGGGAGAAAGGAAUUUUAGAUUAUUCAGAGAUAGGUUUGAAAAUGAAAACUGGCUUUAGUCAGUUCUAUCUAUUUUAUAAAUUACAACACAUUAUUUGAUGUACUUUUUUUAAUUCUUACACCCUAAAUAUGUAUAUAAAUAUAAAAAAGUUUUCAUAUCCAAAAUAUGAAACUGCAUAAUAAGGUAUGCUAGGCAUCUUUUCCUUGUCCUCUGCAUAUGUAACUCAAAAGCAAAGAUUAAGAAUGUAUUUGCAUAAUUGUUUGACCUAUUUUAAUAGAACAGUUCCCCCAAACCUGGCAGAAUUAGGUGGAAUUGACACCAGGAUAGACCUGGUCUAAAUUCAGAAGUUUGCUUGAUCUUUAUCACAGUAUCAUAUAGUUUAAUACAGGAGUGAUUUCUUGCAGUAUAUGAUGUUAUAACAACUUUGCAGAGAAUUCAGAAGAUGGCAUUUCUGCCAAAUAUUCAGAUCCUAGGAAGUCAGUCUCAUCAGGCUGACAGAUAUUUGGUUAGUGGUGAAAGUGUAAUUGAUUGACAUGCAGCCUAAGCUGCUGAAAUGUGAGCCUGAACUAGGUACAGCUUUUUGUCCAUGGACACCUUCAGCAUUAUGAGGUGGCCUGAGUGUUUUGAGAAUAAGCAAGACAAGAUGUAGAUAAAAGUCAGAGGUAUUUCCUGAGAGCUAAGACUUGUCAGACAGUAAAUGUCUGAAGAGUCACUUGGCAGACCAGAUGGUAAGAAUGUUUCCUGAAGAACAACCCUGCCUGCACAUAAAAAUGGGAAAGACAAACUAAUGUUCUGUCUGUUCAGCUCUUUAAAGUUAUUUGGUAUUUUUAACAUAGUUGUUCACCAAAUGGUUUUCUGAUGUAACACUUGUAUCUCAGAAUAUUAUACAGAAAGAUAUUAGAAAAAAACUGCCUCACACUUAAGUGGAGAACUUGGCAUUAACUCAGUUUCAAAGUCUUCGUUACAAAGUCCAUCAUCUCAAAACCAUAAUAUUAAACUAAUUAUAUUACUAUGGAAUGUCAAGAUACAAAUGACUUACCUCCUCAAAGAAGUCUUUAGCAAUCCCUCUGUAAUAAAUAAUUUGUUAACUGAACAUGGGAAGUAAAUUACAAAAUCUAGAAAUUCUGUGUCUGGUAGGGUUUCAAUUUUGAAAGGUAACUAUUUUUAUUAAAUAGAUAAAUUAAGACUCUUUGGUAUGUUAGUGAGCCUGUAAGAACAAUUUCUACAGAUGCAAACAACAUUACUUCCAAGAACUGGUAUAAUUGUUAUAUUUUUUUUAUAAAACUGGAAUAUUUUUUUCCUUUGUUAAGUUGAUAUUUUAUUAACAACCAAAAAUAUGUUCUUAUUCACAGACUGCUUCCAAAACAAGAUUUAGAACUUGAUAAUGAAAAGAAAAGAGAUGUAAAUAACUGUCUUCUCUGAUUUAUUAUUUACAAGACAGAAACAUGUUGGGUAACUCUCGUAUUGCUUACAGACCCUGUACUUAUUGAUCGUAUAGUAUGCUAAGAUUAAAGUGGAAUGAUCUCUUGAUUCUUGUAAUUAUUUACAUGUAUUUCGUUUGUUCUGUUCCUAUAAAGCCCCAAAACAGUAUCAAAACAAACCAUAGGACUUAAAUAUAGUUGUAGGAACAAGAUUUACUAGCAGUCAUACCACUGCUUAUUGGUCAUGGUUAAAAAACUAAAUUGCGGGGAAAAAAUUAUAGCAUCAUUGCUACUUGUGAAAAAUUGUCAGUGACAGCUAACUUAGCUUCAGAAAGUCCUUCAAAACGUGUAAUUCUGGUGAUUAUGGCUGACUUGGGAGUGGGGUGGGAAUACCAAAAGCAGAAAGCCCUUUACACUCCUCUUAAAGAACAUUGUUUUUCAAGAUGCUAAAGCCAAAAGUGAGAAGAUGACUGUGUUUAUGUAUAAUCACUAAAACUGUAAAAUCGAACAAUUUAAGCCUUCAACCUUAAUAAAGUUAAAAGUGUGGUAU